AACGGCCUCCUCGUAUUGGAGACUUCUCAGCCAGAGGGACAUGCAAGAGAACUACGAGACUCUGAUCUCUUUGGCAGAAGAGAUGGCGAUCACCCUGCCUCGAAUCACUGCACUAGCUGAGCCCCACCGGAGAGGGUUAGCAUCAGGAUUUCCACUUUCUAAAUCUGAUCUGCUCUCCUGGAUGGAUCGGGAAGAUUCAUGGAUUCCAGAACUUCAGGGAUGUGAGGAAAGGACAAUGCCAACUCAGAUCAAUCCAGGGGAAGAAUUGGAAGGAAGGCAUGAACCUGUUCCUCCGGAAGUAAUUCCUAGCAAAACAAAUCUGCAAAAGGGGAAUGUCCUAGAGAGGAAUCCAAUGGAGGCUGAGAAACAACCAUCAGGGAUUGGGCCGAGGUGCUCCCUAACCGAAGGAAAGGAGCAGCAAGACAAACCCCUCCCACAGAUCAUGGUUGCUUCCAAUCCCGAGAUGUCCCAUAGAAAACCACCACCAUGCAAGAACCACCAAUGUGCAGAGUGUGGCAAAAGCUUCAGCCAGAAGUCCAACCUUCUCCGGCACCAGAGGCUGCACCUGGACAAAAGAUCCCACAAGUGUGACCAGUGUGAUAAAAGCUUCUCUGAGGCCGAGGCCCUGGCCUCCCACCAGAAAGGCCACGCAAGCAACAAACCAUACAAGUGUGAGGAGUGUGGGAAAAGCUUCAGCUGGACCUCGCACCUGGAACGACACCAGCGGAUCCACACCGGAGAGAAACCGUUCCAAUGCAAGGAGUGUGGGAAGGCCUUCAGUGUCGGAUCCCACCUGGAGAGGCAUCGGCGUAUCCACACCGGGGAGAAGCCUUAUCAGUGCAAAGAGUGUGGGAAGAGCUUCAGCGUUAGCUCCACCCUGGUCCAGCACCAGAGGACUCACGCCCACGACAAGCCCUACCAGUGUGAGGACUGUGGGAAGGGCUUCACGCUCGGGGCCAACUUGGUGGCUCACCAGAGGAAACAUCUGGGCCAGAAGCCCUAUGAGUGCCCCGAUUGCGGGACAAGUUUCAGCUUCACCUCACACCUGGAGAGACACCAACGGAUCCACACGGGGGAAAGGCCCUACCAGUGCCCCGACUGUGGGAAGCUUUUCAGCCGCAGCUCCCACCUUUAUAGGCACCAGAGAAUCCACACGGGGGAGAAGCCACACCAGUGUACAGAUUGUGGCAAAAGCUACUACCUCAGUGUGGCCACCCUCCAUCACCUCCAGACAUCUCCAACCCGGAGCAGGGACCCCACCAAAUGCACCGAAUGUAACCGCAAGCGGGUGGCCCCUCAGCCUCCCCUCCCUCCUCCCUCCCCGCCUGUGUCUACCGAGAAGCCCUUUAAAUGCUCCGACUGUGGGAAAGGGUUUGGCCAGAGUGCGUCCUUGGUGAAACACCAGCGGAUCCACACCGGAGAGAGGCCCUAUCAAUGUCCCGAGUGUGGGAAGAACUUCAGCUGGUGCUCGGCCCUGAUCAAACACAAGCGGACCCACACGGGAGAGAAGCCCUUUCGGUGUGGGGACUGUGGGAAAGCGUUCAGUGUCAGCUCCCAUUUGGAAAGGCACCAGCGCGUACAUGCUCCCGACCGGCCCCACAAGUGUACCGAGUGUGGGAAAACCUAUGGGGAACUGGCCUCGCUAGCCAAGCACCAGAAAUCCCACGUGCCUGGGAGCAAGCGUUAUCGGUGCUCUGCCUGCGGGAAAAGUUUCAGCUGGAGCUCCCACCUGGAGAGACACCAGCGGAUCCACACGGGGGAGAAGCCCUACCAGUGCGGUGAAUGUGGGAAGAGCUUCAGCGUCAGUUCCCACCUGGACCGCCACCGGAGAAUCCACACGGGGGAGAAGCCCUACCAGUGCAGUGAAUGUGGGAAGAGCUUCAGCGUCAGCUCCACGCUCCUGCAGCACCAACGGACACACUCAGGUGGAAAGCCUCACAAGUGCAAGGAGUGUGGGAAGCGAUUCGCGGCCGCGGCACAGCUGCUCACGCACCAGCGGGCCCACCGCGGCGAGAAACCCUACGACUGCACCGUCUGCGAGAAGAGCUUCGGCUUCGUCUCCCACCUGGAGUGGCACCUGAGGGUGCACACAGGCGAGAAACCCUACCCGUGCGCAGAGUGUGGGAAGUGUUUCAGCCGCAGCUCGCAACUCAACCGCCAUCAGCACACUCAUGCGGCAGACAGGCUCCCCAAAGAACAACCUGAAGGCCAGAAGGGCAGCUCUGUUUUGACCAAGACUAAGCACCCCAAAGAACUGCUUCCUGUUGUUCCUGACCCUCCUCUUUCUCUCAUGCCCUCCUGGUGGAGCGAGGGGAACAGGAACAGCCUCCCUACAGCUGCUCCCACCUGGCCCGAGACCCCACUGCCCUUCCAGGGCUUCCUCCCCAAUGCUGUCUCAGCUGGAGGGCUGCAGGGCUGGGGUGGGAAGGGAUUCUUACCCCCAGAUCCAUGGAGGUUAGGGGAAAACAGCUGUAGAUGGGCAUCCCCCUACCCACAAGAGGGAUGGCCACCACCUCCCCCAACAUCCUAGCUGCUCAAAGCAAUUUCGUGGGGUGGAAUGGGUUGGAGGAAGCAACUAUCUUCUCUCCUCAUUCAACCCAUUGGGCCCAUUGGAGCCAAGAAGAGCUAGUUUGCAGUGGGCUGGAAUAGAAUAGAGUUGCUGUCCUAAAAGAGAAGGGAGCCAUGUUUGUGUUCUUCUGAGGGAGGUUUUACAUGGGCCUGGAGCUUUUGACGUGAGGCAUACUCAAGAGUUGCAAUAAUCCCUGGAUCUCCUGCAUUCUGAAGUGGUAGAAUGCUGCUGUUAAGAGUCCUUGGCGAUCUCUGAGCUUAGUCCUUGCUUAUGGACCUUUCAUAA